AUGAAGACGAUGAUGGUAUGUCCUGAUAAGGCGGCGCCUAAACGUAACUUCAAGUUAAUCGCUUCGCUAACUUGGUUCAUGAAAGGACAAACCGAGAAAGUCCUUCGUCGUCUACCGACUACUAGAAGCAUGCCGUCUCGCACUCACACCCUUGAGAGAGUAGUAGCCUCCGUGUUUGUUUUGGGAGGCUCUUCUAGCUCUGACCGGGGGAUGCCAACAGCAAAACAGAAGGACAUAAAUCAGCUCGAUUUGCCGAACAUAUCCUCACAAGCUACAAUAGGCCGGAACUCUCAGUUCCAUAACCUGUCUGCCAAAGAUCGGGAAACACUCGGCGGUAUCGAGUAUCGAAGCUUGAAAUUCCUGUUAAAAAUUGUCGUUGGAUAUUUCUUUAGUCUGCAUUUCUUCGGUGCAAUCUGCCUUGUGGGGUGGAUUCUGCACGCGGAUCCGAAAUACCGUGACUACCUUGCAGAAUGUGGCCAAGGAAAUGUUUGGUGGGGCUUUUACUCCGCGCAGUCGAUGAUUAACAAUCUUGGCUUUACUCUAACGCCAGAUUCGAUGAUUUCGUUUCAAGAUGCGACCUUCCCAAUGAUCCUUAUGAGUUUCCUUGCAUUUGCUGGCAACACUUGUUAUCCGUGCCUUCUUCGACUUAUUAUCUGGGUUUUCUACAAACUUUGCCCGGCUAAAUCAUCGCUUAAAGAUCCACUCAGAUUCCUGCUCGAUCAUCCGCGACGGUGUUAUACGCUGCUUUUCCCAAGCAGGCCGACGUGGAUUCUCUUCGGAAUCUUGUUCCUUAUGAACUUGAUCGAUGUUCUUCUCAUUAUUGUACUGGACUUGAACAAUCCCGCUGUGAAUAAUCUCGCGCCUGGUCCUCGAGUUCUCGCUGCUAUUUUCCAAGCCGCAUCGGCCCGUCAUACGGGUACAUCGACUUUCAACUUGGCGGAUGUGAACCCAGCCGUCCAAUUCAGCUUGGUGGUCAUGAUGUAUAUUGCAAUUUUCCCAAUUGCUAUUAGCAUCAGAGCCUCCAAUGUUUAUGAAGAAAGGUCGCUGGGUGUAUAUUCCACUAAUGGUAACAUAGACGAGCAUAACAGCCGAUCUUACAUUACCAAACAUAUUCAGAACCAACUGACCUUUGACUUGUGGUACAUUUUCUUCGGCAGCUUUUGCAUCUGCGUCUCCGAGGCCGGUAAGAUUGCAGACACGUCAAUUCCAGCCUUUUCUGUAUUUUCAGUGUUAUUCGAGGUUGUCUCAGCAUACGGCAAUGUUGGACUUAGUCUUGGGUAUCCAACUGUUUCUACCUCUCUAUCUGGAGAGUUUACGGUUUUCAGCAAGCUUGUCAUUUGUGUGAUCAUGAUCCGAGGCCGACACCGUGGGUUGCCCUACAAGCUCGACCGUGCCAUUGUUCUCCCAAGCGAACGCCUAGAAGAAGAUCACCCAGAUAGUGAUAAGGUUCAAACCAAGUUUGACUGA